AGGGUUCAUAGUCUAGUUACAAGGCACCCAGAGAGCUUCCUUCCCUCAGUCAGUCUUAACUCACCUCACCUCACCUGUACCAGAUACUGCUUCUGCAUUUGACCUUUACACAAGAUAAUAUUUACAAGAAACGCAAACCAACCAAGAUACUCGAGCAAUACUGAAGAUUUGUCUUGUUCAAUUUUUUUUGAGCGAAAUUUAUCAGAUAUAGGAAGAAAAACUUUACUUCAGUGGUGUAGAAAUAAGAGCAUCGCCUUGAUAAUAGCUGGGGAAAAGAUGGUGAAGCAUGAGGUGACGAUGGAGCCCACCAGAGCCUGUUGUUUAUUGCUGCUCCUUGCCAUCUGUCUGCCAUCUCUCUCAGAGGGAGCCACCGUGCGAGGUUUACACCGUCAGAGGCGUUCCAUUGGCCAGUUCGGAGACAUGAUCCGCUUCUCCACGCGCCGAGAGGCUCUCCUCUACAACAACUACGGCAACCACUGUGGCUUCCAGGGCGGCGACCUACCAGUGCUAGAUGAAGUUGACAGCUGCUGUCGGUCGCAUGACUUAUGCUACGAUACGGUUAACACUGGCCCCUGCGCUACCUCCUGGCUGGGUGCGUCCUUCAUUAGGUAUUCCUGGAGCUGGAACGGCACUGGUCUUCGGUGUGGUGAGUAUUCCGCCCUAUUCCCCCUCCACUACAAGGAGUCUUUCCUUCCUCCACUACAAGGAGUCUUUCCUCACAGAACACUUCGGUAUUGA